AGCAGCCCUCGCUAGGUACCUUUACAAGUCACACACAGUUCCCUGGUUGAGAAGAUAAUUUUAUGCGUCAAUAUAUUUAUUGUCCGGGAUUGCGUUGUUAUCGUUAAUGUCUUCAGGCACUCAUUUGGCUGAUUAGGCUCCUAUUAAACGCCCUCUGACCGACUGCUAAGCUAGCCAGCUAGCUAGUUAGCUUUAGCGGCUAAAGCGGAAGUUGUCAAAGUAAUAAAGUAAGCAAGACUUUUAGCGGAAGUUGUCAAAGUAAUAAAGUGGCUCUCAUUAGCCGAGGCGCACUUGAACGCAUCAUCCCUCCAGGCAGCAGCUUGCAGUGACCUGACAGGGAGUCUUUCUAUUGGACUUGUUGCUAGUUUUCUACGAACAAUGAGUGAUCCUUGGCAGGAGUGCAUGGAGCACUGUGUGGAGGUCACCAAACAGGCUGGAAAGAUGAUCCGCGAGGCGCUCCAAAAGGACAUCGCCGUCAUGCACAAGAGCUCGGCGGUCGACCUCGUGACCGAGACGGACCAGCGAGUGGAGCAGCUCAUUAUAUCAUCUGUCAAAGCAAAAUUCCCCACGCACAGCUUCAUAGGUGAAGAGUCUGUGGCUGCAGGCGCCCCGAGCGUUCUUACUGACGACCCUACUUGGAUCAUCGACCCGAUUGACGGCACCACCAACUUUGUCCACCGGUUCCCAUUUGUGUCUGUAUCAAUUGGCUUCACAGUGAAGAAAGAGAUAGAGUUCGGGGUUGUGUACAGUUGCAUGGAGGACAAAAUGUACACUGCGCGCAAGGGGAAGGGCGCUUUCUGCAAUGGCGUCCCCAUCAAGGUGUCAGGACAAGAAGAUAUCAGCCGCAGUCUGGUGCUGACUGAGGUGGGCUUCAAAAAGGACUCCGAGCAGUUUGCAACAAUGAUGGCCAACAUCAAGACCAUCCUGACAAUCCCUGUGCACGGUAUUCGCUCGCCAGGCAGCGCAGCCAUCAACAUGUGUCUGGUGGCGUGUGGCUCGGCCGACGCCUACUUCCACAUGGGCAUUCACUGCUGGGACAUGGCUGGAGGGGCCGCCAUCGUCACCGAGGCUGGAGGAGUUAUCAUGGACAUAUCAGGUGGCCCGUUUGAUCUGAUGUCCCGCCGGCUGAUCGUGGCUAGCAGCAGAGCCGUGGCCGAGCGCAUCGCAGCGCAGGUAACAGAGUUCGCCGUCGGCAGGGACGACGCAGAUGGCUCGUAAAACUGCUGCCGCCGCGCCCGCUGCACCCGCCCGCCAAUUUAACGGGUAUUCACACAUCUAAUAAGCCGAGGGUUUGCUUUCAGGAGCGAACAAGUCACCCUUACCUCCGAGGAGUAGGUUAGUCCAGCAUUCACUCGGCUUGCUUUCCAAUUGAAUUUGUGACGCGCUUGUGGCUUUUUAGAUGCACAUGUCUUUGAGACAGGCACACUUUUAUCUGUCCUGUGAAUAACACCAGACUGGCUCAAGAAUUCAGUUUUUGCAGUUAAUUCCUAAAAACGCCACAGCAAUGCGAACCUAAAAACAGACGAGCACUCCUGUCCUGUAUGAAUGUAAACAAAUUGCUUCAGUUUUCAAUUUAUGACUCUAUUGCUAUAUGUACAGUAUUAUAUAGUGAUGGUUUGAAUAGAAAUAUAUCUAUGAACAUUUGCUGUAAUGAAUUAAUAGUAGGUUUUUGGUGCAAAUUUUAGGGUAUGGCAGAGCAUUGUAUUGACAAAUACAAAUUGUUGUUAGAUUUUAUUAAGGGGCUGAAUAUUUAUGUCAUAGUGUAAUCAAGUGUAGUUUUAGAUGUUUUGAUCCACUAUACUUUAUUGUAUAUGUUAUUCACAAAUGUAUGUAAGUUGUGAGUAAGUGGUCUGUAAGAAGAACGGCAUGGUUGAAAGUUAUUAUAGCACGAGUCUCCAACAGGAGCUACCACCAUUUUUGAGUAAACUCUUCGUAUUUUUUUUAAGCGUUCCUCCCGGACAUUAUGCUUGUAUUUAAUAACAAAGAGCAUAACAACACACCAUAACCACACUUCUUGAGCGGGGAGAUUUAAAUUUAAAUCACUGUCAAAGUAACUAUAAAGGUGAUAAAAGUUUGGCACCUCUGAUUUAAAGUAAAAAAAACAACAAACCUUACACAAUGGUCACAUUCUUGGUACCGUAUUUUUCGGAGCAUAAGUCGCUCCGGAGUAUAAGUCGCACCGGCCGAAAAUGCACAAUAAAGAAGGAAAAAAACAGAUACGUCGCACUGGAGUAUAAGUCGCAUUUUUGGGGGAAAUUUAUUUGAUAAAAUCCAACACCAAGAAUAGACAUUUGAAAGGCAAUUUAAAAUAAAUAAAGAAUAGUGAACAACAGGCUGAAUAAGUGUACGUUAUAUGAGGCAUAAAUAACCAACUGAGAACGUGCCUGGUAUGUUAACACAACACAUCAUGGCAAGAGUCAUUCAAAUAACUAUAACAUAUAGAACAUGCUAUACGUUUACCAAACAAUCUGUCACUCCUGAUCGCUAAAUCCGAUGAAAUCUUCCUCCCCGGUGUCGCCUUUGGUAUGUCCUUUCUUUCUGCUGCGCGAUUGCUGUUCUCUGCUGCAUAUUUCACUACGUCCAGGUUGUAAUCUGCAGUAUAUGAUUUUCUUUUCGGUGCCAUUUUUGUUCAGUCCUUCUCAGUUUUUAUAAGUUACCGCCAAUGUUGAUGUGAUCCAUUUUAAUAGCUACGGCAUUAGCAUAUAGCACAGGGGUCACCAACCUUUUUGAAACCAAGAGCUACUUCUUGGGUACUGAUUAAUGCGAAGGGCUACCAGUUUGAUACACACUUAAAUAAAUUGCCAGAAAUAGCCAAUUUGCUCAAUUUACCUUUAACUCUAUGUUAUUAUUAAUAAUUAAUGAUAUUUAUCUUUGUGGAAACACUGAUCAUCUUAAUGAUUUCUCACAAUAAAUAUAUAUAGAAACAGAUAAUUAUCAAUAUGCAACACUUUAUUUUUAUAUUUUCUCUAAGUGCACAUUUUUCAAAUUGAACAUUUUCAAAUGAUCACUUCUAAGACAGUCUUGUGAAAUCACAAUAUCCCAUUUUAACUAGCUAGCCACUAACAUUUUUUAACAAAUCAUGAAUUACUUUGCACCAUGUUUGUACAAAUAAUAACUCAUGUAAAAUACAAAAGUCAACUCUCAAAUUUUUAAAUAAAUCAUGUCACACUUUGAACUGAACACCAAAUCUGUUAUCUGUUUCUUUGUCAGUUAGUAAAGACCAAGUCUUUAAAAUAUUUUCUUGCAUUUUCAAAUUCUAUUUGAGUUUUGUCUCUCUUAGAAUGAAAAAUGUCGAGCAAAGCGAGACCAGCUUGCUAGUAGAUAAAUGAAAUUUAAAAAAUAGAAACAGCUCACUGGAAAGUGCUGCUAUUUGAGCUAUUUUUAGAACAGGCCAGCGGGCUACUCAUCUGGUCCUUACGGGCUACCUGGUGCCCACGGGCACCGCAUUGGUGACCCCUGAUAUAGCAUAUAGCAGUUAGCAUCCCAUGACCCACAAUGCACUUCUGCCACGACCCUCCCCCGCCGAAUUCUUAUUUGUUGACGAGUGAGUGACGAUUGCUGACGUGUGUGUGACGAUUGCUGCCAUUUGCUUCGUCUCUUACGCGAAUGAGAUAAAUAAUAUUAUGUGAUAUUUUACGGUAAUGUGUUAAUAAUUUCACACACAAAUCGCUCCGGAGUACCGGUAUAUGUCGCACCCCGGCCAAACUAUGAAAAAAAACUGCGAUUUAUAAUCCGAAAAAUACGGUACAUACUAGUGUCCCUUUUUGGCGUAUGUGGCUGACGUUUCACCUCUGAAAUGCCACAUGCUGGACAUAUGAAUUUGUAUCAUUCGCACAUGCUGAUUCAGCAUAAUUUAUCCCUGAAUAACUUUAUAAUUCAUGUCAAUCAUGACACCAACUGUUUUAUUGGCACUGUGAACAUUGUAGUCCAUUUAAAGAGAUAACUAUUAUGUUUCUGUAUCCACCAACAUUAAAUACCUCUCUCCACAUCGUCUGCUCUCCUUGUUGGAUCAUUUUAAGUGUGGCAAUCAGGAGACUAAACAGACAAACCCACACAAGCGGGCCUGUUGUUUUUGCCCUGUACAAAGCACAAGGCUCUGUAUAGGCAAGAUGGAGGCGCUCUUAGAGUCAGUCAUGACACAUGCCGUCCAUCAUCUGCUCUUUUAGACAUAAUAGAGCGUAAGAGAUGCAUGCAUCACGCCCAACCCUCGGGCUCCAAGAAGACAAAACAAAAGAAACAACAUGAAGGCGGCGAAACUUGGUGCUCCGGGCAAGACCGUUUCAAAUUCAAAUACACUGGCCAAAUGUAAUAAAUAACAUUUUGUUGUGAAAUACUGUAUGAAAAAUGCCAACAUGUUAUGACAAGAUACCAUCCGCUAAUUUCACCAAACUGGUGAACCUGACUCCAAUUAUUUGUAGCUUCUAUGUUCAGCAGAUAGAGCAUUUGGGAAAUAUUUUCCAUAGCCUUAUUCCAAAAUGAAUUACAGUAUUAGCUCAACUUACGAGCUUAAUUGGGUCCGUGACGCACGCAGCUGUUAACUUAAAACUUGCAUCUUAAAUCAAAAUCUCCCAUUGAAUUGAAUUUAAAGGCCUACUGAAAUGCGAUUUUCUUAUUUAAACGGGGAUAGCAGGUCCAUUCUAUGUGUCAUACUUGAUCAUUUCGCGAUAUUGCCAUAUUUUUGCUGAAAGGAUUUAGUAGAGAACAUCGACGAUAAAGUUCACAACUUUUGGUCGCUGAUAAAAAAGCCUUGCCUGUACCAGAAGUAGCAGACGAGUAGCGUGACGUCACAGGUUGUGGAGCUCCUCACAUCUGCACAUUGUUUACAAUCAUGGCCACCAGCAGUGAGAGCGAUUUGGACCGAGAAAGCCACGACUUCCCCAUUAAUUUGAGCGAGGAUGAAAGAUUUGUGGAUGAGGAAAGUGAGAGUGAAGGACUAGAGGGCAGUGGGAGCGAUUCAGAUAGGGAAGAUGCUGUGAGAGGCGGGUGGGACCUGAUAUUCAGCUGGGAAUGACUAAAACAGUAAAUA